UUGAUCAUUUAGUACUCACAUUAUCCAAAGAAAGGCACAAUGAGUACUACAAACUACCUAAAACUACUACACAUACUCCAAAUUUUAUUCUCAUUAUCUUACCUAACAACUAGCCAACAACCAUCAACAACACCAAUUACCACCACCACAUCAGUGUUAGAUAUUGGUGGUCAUGAGCUACAAAUUGGCUUAAAAUACACAAUUUUACCUAUUAAUCAAAAUGGAAGUAGUAGUGGAGGAGUUGGUGUCCUAGCACUAGAAGCUAAAAAUAGGCCAUGUCCAUUUUAUGUCAUACAAAAAAAUAUUGAAUCAUCAAAUGGACUUCCAACAAGGUUCAUUCCAAUUGACAAUAACCAACAAGUCAUAAAUUUAUCUACUGAUUUAAACAUUGUGUUUGUUGCUUCCACAAUUUGUGUUCAAUCCACGGCAUGGAAGGUCGGUGGCGCGGACGAGAGGACGGGGCGGAGGUAUGUUAUGAGUGGUGGCACGAUUGGCCGGCCGGGGAUUGAGACAAUAAGUAAUUGGUUUAAAAUAGAAAGGUAUGGGAAUAAUGAGAGUUAUAAAAUUGUGUUUUGUCCUAGGGUUUGUAGUAGUAAUUGUAAGAUAGUGUGUGGGAAUGUUGGUGUUUUUAAUGAGAAUGGCAAGAAGUGGCUUGGGUUGAUUGAUGAACCACUUGUUGUUAGGUUCAAAAAAGUGUUGAAUUAGUAGCAAAGAAUUGUACUUUUCAUUUUUCUUUUUCUAAUAUAUACUUCAUUUAAAAUA